AUGAAAACAACCAAGCGUGCUCGCUUUUUCUGGCGCCAAGUUAAGAGCAGGCUUCUUGACUUUCAACAGAGAAAAGGAAAAAUGAAGUUAGCGCUACCGUCGACAGUCUCCUUGGAUGAGCCGAUCCUGGAGGAAGUCCUUAAAAAGCUCGACCUGAAUGAGCGCAUUCAGCUGCGAAAUCUUUCCGCUCAAGUGUCUGGUCUCGUUGAUCGAAUGCCGUUAACACUUCCUUUCGUAUUCCUUCGGUCAAAUGGUUGCGGCGACAUCGAGCUUCAUUGCGAUCGAAUGGACGUACUGCUAGGUUACGUCCUCCCUGAUCACUCGGCUUUCAAUGUUUGUGACGAUGCUAUCGUUUUCUCCUACAGCAACGCCCGCACCAUCUUAAGAUCAUUUGUGUCUCGAAUCACCGGAAUUACCCAUCUCUGGUUGGAUUCUGAAUGGAAUGGCUAUAUUGUGCAGAUCAUUGUUGAAUACUAUCAGUCAAUCAACGUUGGAAACAGAAGAAUGAGGCUUUACAUGGAGCAGCUUACCGUGGUUGGCAGUAUAAGAAGUAGCGACAUUGACUGGAUCUCAUCGCUAAUCCUGCUAUCCCGUCGUAGCCUGAAAAAUUUACGUUUCCGACACUGUCGGCUACACUCCCAACCACAGACUGUCCAGUUCUGGUCAGCCAUCUCGCAGUGCCAGCACUUGGAGGGAUUGCAGUACGAGCCUUGCCGUCUGGACAAAUGGAGCCGACCGCAUUUGAUUGACGCUUUGGAUUACAAGUCACUGAAGUCCCUGAUCCUGACCGGGAUCCAUGGUCUUCAACCGGCGGAUCUCAUUCGAAUCGCUGGUGGCUCGCAGCUUGUGGAAUUGGCUGUCGUGGGGGAAUUGAUCAAGCCCUCCAUUUACGCUCAGUCGGAGGCAGUGAAAAUGCUGGCAACCAUCGCAAAUCUGCUCAUUCAAGUCGAUUCAACAUUUUCCAUCGACGACAUCAAUGAGCGUGCCGCAAUGCUGAAAAUGAUGAGAGCGAUGCCUGUGAAGGGCAUUUUGGAAGUGAUCCACGUUAGCCGAGGGACCGUCUCAGACACCACAAAACUUAUCAGUUAUUGGAUGCGACUUGCUAGAGAUUCUGUACGCGAGGUUGAAAUUGAAACUGGAGGAGUGUUCGCAGGAACGAGGUGA